UUUGUCUGCUUGUCUUUUGUGUGCACUCUGCUCCUCAACUUCAUCAUUAUCAAAAGAGAUUUUGCAUCAUAGAAUCAAAAUGUUGUCCAUUUUAUUUUUUUGUUACCUUACAGGUUUUUCUCUGGGGAUUGACAUCCAUCAGUUUCCUUCUAAUGUCAUCAGCAAAACGGGGUCUGAAGUUGUGCUUUUCUGCUCACACGAACAGGCCAGUCACAGAGUCAUACUGUGGUACCAGAAGUCUCCUGGAGAUGAGGAUCUGAAACUCAUCGGAUAUGGAUAUGGACAGUUCAAUAACGACAGCGUGGAAGAAACGUUUAAGAAACAUUUUAGAUUAGAUGGAGAUUUACAGUCAGCCAAGAAAAACCUCUCCCUUUCUAUAGUUGGUCUGAAGGUUGAACACACGGCGACAUACUACUGUGCAACAAGGGAAGGGACAGGGGGCUAUGAAGCUUAUUUCGGCCAAGGAACAAAACUGACUGUUCUGGAGCGCGAAGUAGCAUAUCCUACAGUGAACGUUUUCUACCCUUCUGGAAAGGAAUCCAGAGACUAUGACAGGAAGAAGAAGAGGACCCUGCUCUGCGUUGCCUCUGAUUUCUACCCAGAUCAUGUCAGCGUGUACUGGAAGCGCAAUGGAAGGAACAUCACUAAUGGUGUGGCGACUGACCCUGCAGCCAAGAAGGGGGAAACAUAUUACAAAAUCACCAGCAGGCUGAAGAUCCCUCUGGAGGAAUGGGUUGAUCCAAAUAAUGAAUAUACCUGCAUCGUCAACUUCUUUGAUGGAAAGCAUUACACUGAUUACAAUAAACCCAUUAAAGGUUUGUUCCUUUAACACAUAAUUAUCCUAGAUCUAUUAUUUCAGGUCAUGAUUCUUGUUUUCUAAUCAUGUCCACUUUCAAUUCUUCCAGUUCGUCCUAAUGAGAGAGCCAUCACUCGAGGGUAUUACAUGAGGGUCACCCAGAACGCCAAAGUGUCCUACACCGUCCUGAUCGUGAAGAGCUGCGUCUACGGAGCCUUCGUCUGCUUCCUGGUGUGGAAGCUUCAGGGAAAACGUGGAAAGCAGAGAAAGUGAGAGCUCAACUGAAGCUUUAACUCUUCCUCCCUGUACAUAAUAAACCUGAUCUGAUGUUAUUCUAUAAAGCCCUUUCAUUUUACCUAACAGAUCUAAUGAGUGGUUUACAAAAACAAUUUUUAUUAUUUCAGAUACUUUCUAAGUAAAUGCUUGUUUCUAUCUAUGUGCUCUUUAAUAAAGUUGUUUUAAAUAGU